GACUCGAACGGAAGUUCCGGCGGGGGCGGCCGAGGGGGAAGAGUGUGUGUCUGUGCCGGAGAAAGAGGAGACUCGCCGGAGAGGUCUUGAACCCCCCAGGGAGUGGAGGCCCCAGCCGUGGAGCCCUGCAGUGUAUGUGUGGUAACACCAUGUCUGUGCCCCUGCUCACCGAUGCUGCCACUGUGUCUGGAGCUGAGCGGGAAACGGCCGCGGUUAUUUUUUUACAUGGACUUGGAGACACAGGGCACAGCUGGGCUGACGCCCUCUCCACCAUCCGGCUCCCUCACGUCAAAUACAUCUGUCCCCAUGCGCCUCGGAUCCCUGUGACACUCAACAUGAAGAUGGUGAUGCCCUCCUGGUUUGAUCUGAUGGGGCUGAGUCCAGACGCCCCAGAGGACGAGGCUGGCAUCAAGAAGGCAGCAGAGAACAUCAAGGCCUUGAUUGAGCACGAGAUGAAGAACGGGAUCCCUGCCAAUCGUAUUGUCCUGGGAGGCUUUUCACAGGGUGGGGCGCUGUCCCUCUACACGGCCCUCACCUGCCCCCACCCCCUGGCUGGCAUUGUGGCAUUGAGCUGUUGGCUGCCUUUGCACCGGGCCUUCCCCCAGGCAGCCAACGGCAGUGCCAAGGACCUGGCCAUCCUUCAGUGCCAUGGGGAGCUGGACCCCAUGGUUCCUGUACGGUUUGGGGCCCUGACGGCCGAAAAGCUGCGGUCCGUUGUCACACCCGCCAGGGUCCAGUUCAAGACUUACCCAGGUGUCAUGCACAGCUCCUGUCCUCAGGAGAUGGCAGCUGUGAAGGAGUUUCUUGAGAAGCUGCUGCCUCCUGUCUAACCAGAGUUGCUGGCCUCCAGCGCAUCCCCCACCUCAUGGGGGACCCAGCACGUGCGGCACCAUCUUGGAUCUGAGCCGGUCGAGCCCGUCCCCACCCUCCCUGACCCGUCUUCUUCCCACAGGCCUCUGGGGCAGGCGGGCCGAGGCCUGGCCAGGCCCUGCUUCCUGGCCUCAGCCACCUGGCUGUCUGCAGCACGGGGUGGGCUGCUUUCUUAUCCCAUUUCCCUGGAGGUGGGCCCCCCUGGCAGCAGUAUUGGAGGGGCUGUAGGCAGCGGAAGAAAGGGGCCUAGCCGCUGACCCACUCACUCAGGACCUCACUCACUAGCCCCGCUUUGGGCCCCCUCCUGUGACCUCAGGGUUUGGCCCAUGGGGCCCUCCCAGGCCCCACCUACCACCUCCCACCCCAACUGAUUCUGCCCAGAUAAUCGUGUGUCUCUCCUGCCUCCACUCCAGCUGCUUCUCAAUCAUGAAUGUGUCUGUGGCCCCAGGCCCCCUUGCUGCUGUGGGCUCCCUGCCCCUGGGCAGGAGUGUUGGUGAGGGGGCGGAGUCCUUCGAGGGGGUCUUCCCUCAGCUGUUUCUGACUUGGGGCUGGGCCCUGCCUCCCCAUUACCCUCCUCCCCCGCAGGCCUGGAGCCUGCAGGGCUGCACUGAGGCUCAAGGUCUCCCCCAGCUGUCUCACCCCCACGCUGUCCCCAGGGAGUGGUGGGGGAGGAGUUGUGUCUCGUCUUCUGUCUCCAUGUGGUUUUGGGUGUUUUUCUUGUUGUGUCCUGGAUUCCGAUAAAAUUAAAGAAAUUGCUUCAACUCU